AUUGACCUAAAAUCCAUAAGGACCCCAGAUGUGGAGAGUAUAAGAUUGGCCAACUUAUCAAGUACAAUGAAAUACAGACUGAAAUCACAAAAUCAUGGAUUACCUGAGUUUUGUGUUGUAUCUUCUUCUAGCAUGGAUUGCCAUCCAUCUUGUCCUCUCAAAUGCAAAGAAAAGCAGCGAUUCACAUCCACGGACAUUACCACCUGGUCCGCCCACUGUACCUAUCUUUGGGAACCUCUUCAGCCUAGGAACCAAACCACAUGUCUCCUUAACUGAGCUUUCCAAGAGAUACGGCCCUCUCAUGACUCUGCAGCUCGGCCAAGUCCCAACAGUAAUCAUUUCUUCAGCUGACAUGGCCAAGGAAGCCCUCCAAAGGAAUGAUAUUUCCUUCUCCAACCGGAUGGUUAUUGAUGCUGUUUGUGCACUCAAUCACCACGAAAAUUCUAUAGUCUGGUCCCCGGUAUCAACAAAAUGGCGAAACUUUCGCAAAAUCUGCAACUCUCAUGUUUUCUCCAACAAUAAACUUGUUGCAAGCCAAAGCUUUCGGGUAAACCAGGUAAAAGAUCUCCUUUCCUAUGUACAAAAAUGCAGUGAAACCAAUACAACAGUGGAUAUAGGGCAAGCAGCCUUUACCACUAUCCUGAAUCUGCUAUCAAGCACUUUCUUUUCAGUAAAUUUGGGUGACCUUAGUUCAGAGUUUACUCAUGAAUUUAAACAAACAGUACGAUGUAUAAUGGAUGAAGCAGGAAAACCAAACUUUGCAGAUUAUUUCCCAAUUCUUAAGAAGAUAGACCCACAAGGUAUCAGACGGCGUAUGAGUGUUCACUUCCAAAAGAUGAUUGAUUUAUUCAACUCCAUGAUUGAGCAAAGGUUGCAGGGCCAGAUAUCAUCAGACACAACACAAUCCUACAACUUUCUCGAUGCAUUGCUAGGCAUUAGCCAAGAGAAAACCGAGGAAAUCGAUCCAUCAAAGAUCCCAAAUCUAUUUGUGGACUUAUUUGCAGCAGGAACAGAUACAACAUCAAGCACCAUAGAAUGGGCAAUGGCGGAACUACUCAAAAACCCAGAAAAACUAAAGAAAACACAACAAGAACUCCACCAAACAGUAGGAAAAGAAAACCCAGUAAAAGAAUCCGACAUCACCCAUCUUCCAUACUUACAAGCAAUCGUAAAAGAAACCCUCAGAUUACACCCAGCAGUACCAUUUUUAGUACCCAGAAAAGUUGAAUCAGAUAUCAAAUUAUUCGGGUUUACAGUACCCAAAAACGCUCAAGUUCUGGUGAAUGUAUGGGCAAUCGGGCGAGACCCGGAUGUUUGGGAAAGACCCGAAUCAUUUGAACCAGAAAGAUUUGUGGGAUCUGAAAUUGAUGUGAAAGGAUGUGAUUUUGAGCUGAUUCCAUUUGGUGCUGGGCGUAGGAUUUGUCCUGGGUUGCCAUUGGCGAUUCGGAUAAUUCCAUUGAUUCUGGGUUCGUUGAUUCAUGGGUUUGAUUGGAAGUUAGAAGAUGAGGUUUCUUCGGAGAAGAUGGAUAUGGAGGAGAAUUUUGCGUUUACUUUGGAGAAAAAUCAGAGACUUCGAGUUAUUCCGGUUCCUGUGUAAAAUGCUUGUGUGUGUUGGGUGAAAAAUCCGAAAUUGUUUGGCCAUAAGCGGGAGAUUGUUACACGUACGAAGUUACGUAAUGAGUAGGUAUGGGUGUGUUCUAUUUAGGGGGAGCAAAAAUUUAGGUUACUUGUAUACCAAGUUCUGGUUGCGGGUAAUAAAACUGGGAACUUGUUGCAACAGGUUCAGGUUUCGAGUAAUAAAAUUUUGGAUCCGGAACCUGUAGGGUACCCUGUUAGUUCAGGUUCCUUGUAGGGUCUACGAAAUCGGAACUUAUUAUUAAAGCCCAAAUGUAAAAGCCCUAUUUCAAAAUUGUAUAAUUAAGUAACCCCCCCCCAAAAAAAAAAACCCUAAGCUCAUAUAUCAUUUCUCAUUUCCUACACCGGUCGUGACCUACCUCUCUCCCUCCUCUUAUUCAUUUUUCAUCUUAAUCUUAAAGGUUUAAUUAAAGGUAUUAAUAUAAAUAUUUGUAAUUUUGUAUUCUGUAUUAAAGUUGUAAGCUUUUAUUGUGAACAUCCA